UCUCGCCUUUGAUUCUUUCUGUUUUUCCGUCGUUAAGACCAAAAUUUCCACCUUUGCAUAUUCUCGCGCCUCUUACCUCCACCAGCUUCCUCCCAUCGGAAAAUUAUGGCUUUGUACGGUUCAUCUCGACGUUGGGCUUUCCGGUUUGGCGCUACGGCGCCGGCAGUUCUCUCUACGUUCCUGCGCUCUGCCCUUGCCAGACCUAUCUCGACUGUAUUUAGGGAAGAACGCGACACAUUCGGCCCGAUUCAAGUUCCUGCUCACAAGUUGUGGGGAGCACAGACUCAGAGAUCGUUGCAGAACUUUGAUAUCGGCGGGGAGCGCGAACGGAUGCCCGAUCAGAUCAUCCGAGCCUUCGGAAUCCUCAAGAAAUGUGCUGCCAAGGUGAACAUGGAGUAUGGUCUUGAUCCUACUAUAGGAAAAGCAAUAAUGCAAGCUGCUCAAGAAGUUUCAGAGGGAAAGUUGAAUGAACAUUUUCCUCUUGUAAUUUGGCAAACAGGGAGUGGAACACAGAGCAACAUGAAUGCGAAUGAGGUGAUUGCAAAUAGAGCUUCUGAAAUUCUUGGCCAGAAACGUGGUGAAAAGUUUGUUCAUCCAAAUGACCAUGUGAACAGAUCCCAAUCAUCUAAUGAUACCUUUCCAACGGUUAUGCACAUUGCUGCGGCUACAGAAGUGAACAACAGUUUUAUACCAAACUUAAAACAGCUGCAUGAUUCACUUCAUGCAAAGUCUGUGGAGUUUAGGGAUAUUGUGAAGAUUGGGCGAACACAUACCCAGGAUGCAACUCCUUUAACUCUUGGACAAGAGUUCAGUGGAUAUACAACACAGGUCAAAUAUGGAAUUGCUCGGAUAAAGGACACUUUGCCACGCAUGUAUCAGCUUGCACAAGGUGGUACUGCAGUGGGAACAGGAUUGAAUACGAAAAAAGGGUUUGAUGUAAAGAUUGCAGCGGCAGUUGCGGAGGACACUAAUUUACCUUUUAUUACAGCAGAAAAUAAAUUUGAAGCAUUGGCAGCACAUGAUGCCUUUGUAGAGAGUAGUGGAGCCUUAAAUACAAUUGCAACUUCUCUUAUGAAGAUUGCAAAUGAUAUUCGGCUUCUUGGAAGUGGACCUCGGUGUGGACUUGGUGAGCUGAUUCUGCCUGAAAAUGAGCCCGGCAGCAGUAUCAUGCCUGGAAAGGUUAAUCCUACACAAUGCGAAGCACUCACCAUGGUUUGUGCUCAGGUUAUGGGUAAUCACGUGGCCAUUACUGUCGGUGGAUCAAAUGGCCAUUUUGAGCUUAAUGUUUUCAAGCCAAUGAUAGCCAGCGCUUUUCUUCGAUCUUUGAGGUUACUCGGGGAUGCAUCUUCUUCUUUUGAAAAGAACUGUGUGCGAGGAAUUGAAGCGAACCGAGAAAGAAUUUCAAAGUUGCUGCAUGAGUCUCUGAUGCUUGUUACAUCUUUAAAUCAUAAAAUUGGCUAUGAUAAAGCUGCGGCUGUUGCCAAGAAAGCUCACAAGGAAGGAUCAACGCUGAAGGCUGCUGCUUUGAAUCUCGGAGUUCUAAGCAGCGAAGAAUUUGAUGAGCUGGUGGUGCCUGAGAAAAUGAUUGGACCCUCUGAUUGACAUAAAGAUCAAUUAUCUCCCCUCUAUUAUUUCUUAUUAUUUAUAUAUGGUUGGCGGCAUCAUGCCCCGCAAUAAAACUAUAUAUUCAUCUGAACCAUUUAUUUGAUCGCCGAAUUUUGUCUCUGGCAUCCUUUAUUUUUUAGCUCGGA